UCACUUUCUUUGCGUCUGAAUUUCUGCAUAUUUUCCCGGAAGAAUAAUGUCUAGAAUAUGUGUGAAGAGUUUACCAAAAUACGUGACGGAGGACCGCCUCAGAGAAGUUUUUUCUCAGAAAGGAGAAAUUACUGAUGCCAAGCUAAUGCGCACCAAGGAUGGUAAGAGUAGGCAAUUCGCUUUUAUUGGCUUUCGAACAGAGCGAGAAGCAGAGGAAGCGAUAAAGUACUUCAAUAAAUCUUACCUUGAUACUUGUAGAAUUACUUGUGAGAUUGCUCGUAAAGUUGGGGAUCCCAAUAUUCCUCGUCCAUGGAGUCGGUAUUCUCUAAAGAAAGAAGAGAAAGCAACUGAAGAUGGGAAGAAAGUUGUUGAAGAUGGGAAGAGAGUUGUUGGUGCUAAAAGAGGAGAGAAAAAGAGCCUUGAAAAGGUCAGUGAGAAUGAGGACCCUCAACUUCAGGAAUUUCUUCAGGUCAUGCAGCCAAGGAUCAAGUCAAAAAUGUGGGCAAAUGACACCUUAAUUGCUCCUACAGUUGGCCACAAUGAUAAUGCUAAUGUUGCUAAGAACAAAUCUCUAGUAAACAAGGAAGGCAAGGAGAAGUCAGUUGUAUUACAUGAUGAAUCAAAUAAAACCAAUGUGAUGUCAGAUAGUCAGGCAGCUGAGAAAUUACAAAAUGUUGCUCAUGAUGAAGUCAUUUCGGAUAUGGAUUAUUUCAAGAGUAGAGUGAAGAAAGAUUGGUCAGAUUCAGAAAGUGAUGACAGUGUUGAUGGCGAAGAUGAUGAUGACGAUGAUGACGACAACGAUGAUGGUAAUUCUGUCGAGGGCGAGCAUGAUUCUCUUCCAAAGGAUGCAGGCCAAUUAGAUGUUGAAGAAGAACGUACCAACGGUGAAAUUAUUGACCCUGAGAACCUAUCAUCAAGUUUAAAAGAUGAGCAAGAAGAAAGUUGGGAAAGUGGUCGCCUUUUUGUCCGUAAUCUACCAUAUACAGCCAGUGAAGAUGAGCUCAAGGAGCACUUUAACAAAUUUGGCAAUGUCUCAGAGGUUCAUAUUGUUGUAGAUAAAGAUACAAAACGAUCGAAAGGGAUAGCUUACGUUCUUUAUGCGCUUCCAGAAUCUGCAUCAAGGGCCAUUGUAGAAGUAGAUAAUUCAAUUUUCCAAGGUAGAUUAUUGCAUGUAAUGCCAGCAAGAAACAAGAAUCCGUCAAGCAAACAAGAGUCUGGCAAUUUGACCAGUCAUGGUUCAAAAACUUUGAAGCAACGAAGGGAGGAAGAAAGGAAGGCAUCUGAAGCUAGUGGAGAUACAAAAGCAUGGAAUAGUUUGUUCAUGCGACCUGAUACAGUUGUAGAAAACAUUGCUCGGAAGUACGGUGUAAGUAAGAGUGAUUUACUUGACCGAGAAGCAGAUGAUCUUGCUGUACGUAUUGCUUUGGGAGAAACUCAAGUUAUUGCAGAGACUAAAAAGGCUCUUAAAAAUGCUGGGGUAAAUGUUUCCUCUCUGGAGGAAUUUGCUGCUGGGAAAACUGAUGGCAUGAAAAGGAGCAACCAUGUUUUCAUAGUGAAGAACUUGCCUUAUGAUUCUUCUGAAGGUGAACUAGCUAAGAUGUUUGGGAGAUUUGGGAGUUUGGACAAGAUUAUUAUUCCUCCAACUAAAACAUUGGCCUUGGUUGUUUUCCUUGAACCAGCUGAAGCUACUGCAGCUUUUAAAGGUUUGGCAUACAAGCGGUACAAGGGUGUUCCAUUGUAUUUGGAGUGGGCUCCUAGUAAUGUUCUUUCUCAAAAUUCCACUUCUGAGAAUGACGGGAAGAAUACAGCUGUUGGAGAACAUGAUGCCAAGAGGGUGAUUCUAGAGCAACAGCUAGAAGGGAUGUCAGAUGUGGAUCUUGAUCCUGAUAGAGUUGAGUCACGAUCUCUAUUUGUCAAGAAUCUGAAUUUUAAGACUUCUGAUGAGAAUUUGAGAAAGCAUUUUAAUGAACACAUGAAGGAGGGAAGGAUUCAAAGUGUUAGGGUAAAGAAGCACAUGAAAAAUGGAAAGAAUGUUUCUAUGGGUUUUGGUUUUAUAGAGUUUGAUUCUGUGGAGACGGCAGCAAAUGUUUGCAGAGAUUUACAGGGAACAAUUUUGGAUGGGCACGCUCUUAUCUUGCAACUUUGUCAUGCCAAGAAGGAUGAGCAAGUGGUGAAAAAAGUGGAGAAGGAUAGGAGUUCAACAAAAAUACUUGUGAGAAAUGUUGCCUUUGAAGCAACGGAGAAAGAUCUGAGACAGCUGUUUAGCCCAUUUGGCCAGCUUAAGAGCUUAAGACUGCCGAUGAAGUUCGGAAAUCAUAGAGGUUUUGCAUUUGUGGAGUUUGUUACAAAGCAAGAGGCACAAAAUGCACUCCAAGCGCUUUCAAGCACCCAUCUUUAUGGGCGCCAUCUGGUACUGGAGAGAGCAAAAGAAGGUGAGAGUUUAGAAGAAUUACGGGCUCGAACGGCAGCUCAGUUUACUGAUGAGCUAAAUGGGUUUCAGAAUACAACUAAACUGUCCAAGAAGAGGAAGCACAUGGCAAUUGUGGAUGAAGGCAGCAUGAAAUUUGAAAGGAUUGCCAUGUAAAAUGCUCUAAAUUAAAUGUUUUCAUGUACAAGGAAAGGAAUGUGGUUUAAUUUGUAAGGGUAGUAGAUUGUAAGAUUAGGUGUCUAUGUUGGCUCCGUUUUUGCUUGCUGGGGUCGAUAUGAGUCUACAACUUUUUAUUUGAAGGGGAAUGAGCAAAGCAGACUUUCUCUUGAAUGUUUUGAUAAAAAAGGGAAAGUCAAAAAGGUUUGAUCUGUUUUUUCUCUUUUCAAUUCAGAUUCAAAUUUUUAAGAUUACAA